CCGUGCGUUUACGUGUCAUUUGCUGUCUUCCCAUUGCGGAGUGAACUGUUCCAAUUGCGCGGUGUUGUCGCUCGUAGCCCGUGUGUGUGUGGUGUGUUAUUGCAGUGAUUGGUGAAUUUGGAUUAUUUUCCCGCAAAACAAUGAAGGCCGUGUUAGCAACGUGUGGUGGUAAGAGUGUGACGGCAGCAGGCAAAAUCAGCAAAACUAAACAGAAAGACAUUGAGAACGAGGAAAUCCAGAUGUAUCUGAGCAAGUUGAAGGAUCUGGUGCCGUUCAUGCCGAAGAAUCGGAAACUGUCCAAACUGGAGGUGAUCCAGUACGUGAUCGACUACAUCUGUGACUUGCAAAGUGCGCUCGAGACGCAGCCCGCUGUCAAUGUGUUCGAUGCUCAGACGGUUCUGAGCCAGAAAAAGUCGCAGGCAGCGAUCAGUCCCAGACAGCCGCUGGGGCUCAGACAGAGCCCGAAUACGAUUCUGAGCCCGUGCGAAGCACCGAUCGUCCAAAGCAUAACGACGACAGACGCGCUGACCCCCUCAGACAGCCUCCAAUCCUAGGGGCAAAAGCGGCGCGAAACGAAGAAAUUGAGCCUCAGCUCGAAGAAAGUCUUCUGAGGUGCCAGUCCGGGUUUGUUUUGUUUGGUCGACAUCGCCCCCUUUGAGGGCGGAACUGACGUCUAGGGGCGGCGACCCCUCCUCAAUGUCUCACUAAUCGGAACAUCUCCAAGGCUGGCAGGACCAUUGGACCUCAUAGGAGGACUCGGGGUUCGCGCCCCUCCCUUUUUGGUACCUGUUAUAUGUUGCAAUUUGUUACUCUUUAAGGUGUACAUACACGCAAACCUUGUUGUUAAGAGGCGGGUGAAGGAAACAGCGUGUGGUUCGAUGUACGGCAGUGGGCCCUCUCCAACAGAAAACGCCCAAUUUUUCUCAAUUUUUGUUCAAUUUUUGUUCAAUUUUUGUGAGUUGAUUUCUGUGAUUUAGUCGUUAGUGAGAAUUAUUGCUGAAUAUGUCUAGAGGCCGCAGAAUGGCGCAGAUGGCCAGGCUGGACACAUUUUAUGCGGCUGCAUUUUGUUUUCUGUCUCAAAGGUUUUUGUAAAUAGGACGCGCGUAGCUGUUAAGGAUUUUUGUUAAUUAGAUUUUAUAUAUGACAGAUUAUAAUUUUGAGCAAAUAAACACGACUUUUUUCCUGA